CCCAACCCAUGUUAGACUGCUAAUGUUAAAUUGUUAAUGAUUAUGGAAUUAGGUAUUUUACUGCAUGUUUGACUAAUACCUCAAAAGCUUUAAGAUUAUUGGAAUGCAUCAAACCAAGCCCUUUAACAUUUAGACCAUAGCCUAUUACCAUGCUUUUGCACCUGACAUUUAGGCAACUUCAUAUUUAGGUAGCUUUGUGGCAGACCAUGCCCCUCUAACAUUUAAGACCGUAAAAUACUCCAAUCCCAUUGUCCUGUAUCCGAACGUUUAGGCUCUUGGCAUGAGACGGACAGGGCUGAUACUUUGAAUCUUCUUGACAAGCCAAACGGGGGAACAAAGCUAAAUCACUUCAUUCGUUCUGGUCCAAAAAAGGAAUAAAAAAGGAAGUUCUAGGCCAACCAUCUCCACACCUUUGUCCAGUCGGUAUCGCAAACAAAAAGACAGGUUUUUAUCAUGACGAAACUAUCCAGUGCCCAGAAAUUUCUGAAGAAAAUAGGGUUGGGGAAGGAGGAUUACUACUUCUGGAAACAAAUUGGGAAAGCUCUACUCUGUACCUACACAGUCUUCGGUGUGGCUUGGUUGUGGAAUGAAACAUCUCCACUCGGUUGGUGGACGCUGAAGCCUCGACCCAAGGAAGAGAAAGAGAUGGCCCACCUAUACGAGCGUCGCAGGUUCCCAUAUCCAGGCGACAAAGAGGCAGUGGAAGAGUUCAUUGCGGGUGGGGGUGCACUUGGCACCACCAUUGGUCCAAAAGGGUUUAUUGAAUCGAGCAAGGACUCCGACAAUUUCCAGAAGAAAUUACAAUCAAAGAAGUUCGAGCAAGAAGCCCUGAAGCUAUGGAUGAGGAUGAAGAACGAAGUCAUUUCGGAGCUUCAGGAGAAAGGGUACGACGUUGAGUGACCGUCUGCAUUACCCUCUAUCUGAAAUGAAAGCUGUUAAUUAGACUGCUAUUGUUACUAUCUUGUCCAGUCUCACUAGCAUGUAAUCAAAUUAUUUGGACGACAAAGAACCAGUUACCUGGAAUCAAAGUUCACUUGUUA